UCCUCUCUCGUGAGAACAAAAACCUCUCCGGUGGCAGCGUACUUCGAGCUGCAAACGGGGUUUAUUUUGUGACGAUUAAUUUUCGCGUUACUUCAUGCCCCGCUGGGGAGGGGAAAACGUACGGAAUUGACCCCAGCUGGGGAUCGGGAGACCCGCGGCUGCCCCUCACGACCCACUAGGACAGCUUUAUUUCCAGCUAGAGGACAGCGUCCGCUUGCCCCCGCGCCCCCCCCCCCCACCUUUUUUCCAGCUUGCCCACUUCAACAUCUCUGUUCAAUGUAAUGCAGAGAUUUGCAAAAGAGCCGGAUAAAGCAGUAAGAGGUACAGGCUGCUGAUCGGACUGAGUCACUCACCAGCGAAAUGAGGAGGAAUUCGGCCUGCAGCACUACAGCAAGGGAUGUGGAAAAGGAAUAUGUGGGAUUUGCUACACUACCCAAUCAAGUCCACCGCAAAUCAGUAAAGAAAGGUUUUGACUUUACGUUAAUGGUAGCAGGAGAGUCUGGGCUGGGAAAGUCCACUUUGGUCAAGAGCCUCUUCCUUACUGACCUUUACAAAGACAGAAAACUUCUCAAUGCCGAAGAAAGGAUCAACCAAACAGUGGAGAUUAUAAAACACACUGUGGACAUUGAAGAGAAAGGUGUCAAACUAAAAUUGACGAUAGUUGACACGCCUGGGUUUGGGGAUGCAGUGAACAACAUACAAAGCUGGAAACCUAUAGCUGACUACAUUGACCAGCAGUUUGAACAGUAUUUCAGAGACGAGAGUGGCCUGAACAGGAAGAACAUUCAGGAUAACCGAGUGCACUGUUGCCUGUAUUUUAUCUCUCCUUACGGACAUGGGUUGCGGCCGCUGGACACAGAGUUCAUGAAGGCAUUACACCAGAAAGUGAACAUUGUGCCGGUGAUUGCGAAAGCUGACUCUCUCACACCCAUUGAAGUGAAGAAACUCAAAGAGAGGAUUAGAGAUGAAAUUGAACAAUAUGGAAUUAAAAUAUAUCAAUUUCCAGAGUGUGACUCAGAUGAAGAUGACGAGUUUAAACAACAAGACAAGGAACUCAAGGAGAGCAUUCCUUUUGCAGUCAUUGGCAGCAACACAGUGGUGGAGGCACGGGGUCAGAGAGUCCGUGGGCGACUGUAUCCCUGGGGGAUUGUAGAAGUGGAGAAUCAGGCGCACUGCGACUUUGUGAAACUGCGGAAUAUGCUAAUCCGAACGCACAUGCAGGACCUGAAGGAUGUGACAUGGGACGUUCACUAUGAGAAUUUCCGGGCCAGGUGUAUUCAGGAGAUGACCAGUAAAUUGACCCAGGACAACCGAGCUGAAAGUCCACUCCCCUUGCUACCUGUGCCAACUCCAGAUGCAGAGACAGAGAAACUGAUCAAAAUGAAGGAUGAGGAGCUGCGGCGAAUGCAAGAAAUGUUGCAACGAAUGCAACAACAAAUGCAGGAUCAGUGAGUGACGGACUGAUACCGAACGAAACACAAAGACUCACCUCUUCAGCCAAAUCCAAUAGGAAUGAAGAAGGCUGGACAAGGCACAGGGGCACGCCUCUGAGGGAAAAAAUGCACUGUACAGAAUGUGUCCCGUGUUUUCUGUUUUACUCUAGAGACAGCUAGAGGGUGACCACAUGUCUGGCCUACUCUGUAUAGUGCCACCAUAUCAUUCACAUAUCCUGCUUGUUUGUUUGGGUUUGUAUUUAAUAUCUUGUCAGUACAAUUGAAAACCAUUCAGAGACAUGGCUGCAUUGGAAUGCUUCUGUGGAAAAUAUUCUUUACUAAUAAAUGUUUUCAAAUUGGCGUGUU